AUUGUAACUGAACAUAUUCAUACCGUAUUCACGAAGUCUUCCUUUAAACAAUCCUGUGUUAUCACACAAUCUUUAUGCUCAGGUAUCAGGUAUUGUUAUGUCAUGUUUGUCGACACGUUAGCUCCUGAGAUGUUUCAAUAUUAUUGUUGAUCCGGAAUUUAUCCAUUCACCCGUCUGUUGGAUCUAAAUGUAGUGUUUACUGAUUUACCGGAAGUGAAAGUGUGAAAGUCUCUGCCGCUUAUUUUGACUUUUGCAGAAUGAGGAACAAUGUGUAUUUCAUUAGUGGCGCUUUUUGUGGAAUUUUUGCCAUAUCUGUGUGUGGUGACUGUGCCGAUCUAUGGCUCAUUUUGCGGUGUUGAUAUUAUUUUACGCGUGUCGUUCCUUCUGUAUGCAUAUGUGAUAUGCAGCGAAUUCGUGCCAGGUGCUUUGUACCAGGUGAUGCCGUACCUGAACAUCGGUAUCCUUGGCCUGAUCUGUUUGUAUCUGCCUGUCAGUCUGAUUCCUUACCCACUGGUAUGGAUUUAUGACAAGUUGUUGUGGAUGUCGGAGUUUGGACUCCAGGUUGCUGAAAUUGUGCUAGCCCUCAAUUUUGUUAUGCAUGUCAGUCAGAAAGUUAUGGAAAAAAUGGAAGAGGAACAAUCUCCAGUUUUAAAGUUUGCAGUGGUAUGCUUUACAUCACUGUGCUAUGCCAUGAUGGCAUCAUUUGGCCUGGCCAUUUACAAGGAGGGAUCUGUUGUGCAGCUAUGGCUGCUGUUUCUAGUGCUGGUCCUGUGUCUGGCUGUACACAACAUGAUGUGGAUGUCCCAGGAAGGUAUCCUGUGCGAUGCAGCUUUCUCCUGUCUCUGCUGUGUGGCAGUGCUUUAUGCCAUGAAGGAUGAAACUCAACUAAUUAAGCACCCACUCAAUACACCAGAUACCUGGUACAAGUACGACAAGAGACAAUCCUUAAUUACCAUAGGGAGGUACAUCAUCGGCAGCUCAAUAGAUAAUGCUGCUCUUGCUCUGGAAUUCCUGAUGAAGUUCCUCCGACCCUUCUUCCUAGUCACGUUAGGGAUUCGACUUUACUGUAUUCUAUACAUUACAGAGAAGGUCACCAAGAAUUUCUUUGACAGAGAGGAUUCCACAGAUGACUACUUUGACCAAGACGAACGGCUGUCGCCGUGGCGAUCCCCCAUCACUAUGAAGCUUGCUGUGAUUUUUAUGUUCACUCAGAUGACUACAAACCUGUUCUAUGCUAGUCGAGGGAUCUCUUUUGCCAGAUUUUAUCCUCUUCAAUUCCUGGAGAACUUCUACCCCAGUGAUGUUGUUUUGGGACGAGUGUUACAGAUUCUAGUGGUGAAUGUAUUUUACAUGUGGCGGCUUUACUGUGCAGAAGAAUGGGAAUGGAGUGACUGGUUCUCUUCAUGAAUCUCAAACUAUAUGAGUUAUAACUGUUAGUCUUCCCUGGUCUCCACCAGUUAACUUGCAUGUAACUGGUACCUGUCCCAUGUCCCUUGUAACUGAUACUUUUUUUUGUCCUCAUGUCCCAGUUAUCCCCCUGUUUCUUCUUUGUCCUCACCUCCCACUUAUCUCCCUUGUUACUGGUACUACUCUAAGGUCUCCACCUCCCACUUAUCUCCCUUGUUACCCACUUAUCUCCCUUGUUACUGUUACUACUCUAAGGUCUCCACCUCCCACUUAUCUCCCUUGUUACUGGUACUACUUUAAGGUCUCCACCUCCCACUUAUCUCCCUUGCUACCCACUUAUCUCCCUUGUUACUGGUACUACUCUUAAGGUCUCCACCUCCCACUUAUCUCCCUUGAUACUGGUACUACUCUAAGGUCUCCACCUCCCACUUAUCUCCCUUGUUACUGGUACUACUCUAAGGUCUCCACCUAACACUUAUCUCCCUUGUUACUGGUGUUACUCUAAGGUCUCCAACUCCCUCUUAUCUCCCUUGAUACUGGUACUACUCUAAGGUCUCCACCUAACACUUAUCUCCCUUGUUACUGGUACUACUUUAAGGUCUCCUCCUAACACUUAUCUCCCUUGUUACUGGUACUACUCUAAGGUCUCCACCUCCCACUUAUCUCCCUUGUUACCCACUUAUCUCCCUUGUUACUGGUACUACUCUAAGGUCUCCACCUCCCACUUAUCUCCCUUGUUACCCACUUAUCUCCCUUGAUACUGGUACUACUCUAAGGUCUCCACCUAACACUUAUCUCCCUUGUUACUGGUACUACUCUAAGGUCUCCACCUAACACUUAUCUCCCUUGUUACUGGUGUUACUCUAAGGUCUCCAACUCCCUCUUAUUUCCCCUGUUACCGGUAUCUCAAUAACUAAAUAACCAAAUUUACAUCUAUGCAAUGUACAUGUAUAUUCAUAUAUAUAUAUAUUUAUAUAUAGGCCUCUGCUCCCAUGAUCAUGAUGGGAAACUUUCAGCAAAAUGACGAUGCAUGCAUUGGUUCAAUGUUUUACACUCAUUCCACAUUUUGUAUCAUCCAAUGCCACCAUAUUUGAAAGAUAAGUACACAAAGUCACGAGAUGAGAGUAUUUGUUGGCAAAUGAUAUAAAUCGUUAUUUAUCAAAGAUGUGAAUUAGAGAUUGAAGCAUCUAAUUGCAAUAUAUUAUGCCUGAACUGUAAGUUCACAUCAUUGUUAUCAAAUUUAAAGCCAUGUACAGAGAUUUUUUAGCUCGAUUGUCUGAAGGAUAAGUAAGCUUAUACCUUAGUGUGACAUCCUUCGUCCAUCCGGCAUCAACUUUUGCCUCACAUCUGCUCAAUAGCUGAGAAGCCCAGAGAACUAAUAUUGGGUCUGUAGCAUGUUCAAAUGAAUGACCUUGACCUAAUUGCAAGCUCACAGGGGUCAAAUAGGCUGAAUUCUGUAAAUUACUUCUGCCUGAUAACCAAGAGGUCCAGAGAUCUGAUAUUGGGCCUGUACAAGUAUUAAACAUACAGGGAUAAAGUAUUACCAAGUUUGUUCAAAUGGAUGACUUCUUCUUAAUAACCAAGAUGCCCAGUGACCUCAUGCUGAAUUUCACAAUAUGAUAUAUACUUCAUAUAAAUGUGAUGCUUCAUAAAGUUAUGUUGUAGUAUUUUGUAUGCAUCAAAAAUAAAUACAUUUUUUUCAGGUAAAAUAAGAGCAAUGUUUCCCCAGUAAAUUGUUUCUGCAAUAGUCUAUUGAUAUCAAGGGUAAAAUGUAUGUCAAUUUCAGACCACCUAAUUCCUUUUACCCCAAGCCAUGGACAUUUACACUUCACACCAAAAUUAUAAGUUAGAUUUUAGCAGAAUAAGUAUGUUUGAAUACAAUUAAAUGGACAAAUGAAAAUUGAUUCUUGUAAGUACUGUAUUGAGGGGAAAUACUUGAUCUUGACAUUUUAAUAUUUUAAUCUAAACAAAAGAUAAUUAUCAUGUUGUAAAUCUUUCAUUCAUAGCAGCUGGUUUUCAAUUGCUGCUCUGACUUUUUUUAAGAGUAUCUAGUAAAAUGUUUCAGAAAAAUAAAAUAAAUUAAAAUGUUGACCAGGCAAACUUGUGAUCCUGUAUUUUAAAUAUAUGCAAAUAAUUAUGAUGAAAUGCAAGAUUGACAAUUAUUCUUGUUUAUUUUCUUAAAUAAAAAUGCUGCAAUGUACAUUC